AUGGAGGUCGAUAGCGACGCAGACUCCCGGUUUUUGGAGGGGACACGUCAUUUUCUCUCUUGGUUCCAGUCUCUGCCGGGAGCAACCUUCCAUAAGGACAUUGCGAUUGAGGAUCUGAGGAGUCGAAAUGCAGGACGGGGUAUUGUCGCCCAGGCCGACAUUGCUGCCGACACAGUUCUUUUCACCAUCCCACGCAACAGCAUUCUUUGCGCGGCAACCUCCCCCCUGAAAGACAUACUCCCUGAAAUAUUUGACCUCGACAAUGAUGAUGAGGACGAGUCUGGAGAUGAAAGUGAUGGUGACAACCAAAACUCUUGGACGCUCCUGAUCCUCAUCCUCAUCCACGAAUAUCUGCAAGGGUCCUCCUCUCAGUGGAAGCCUUACCUCGACGUCCUCCCCUCCACCUUCAACACCCCCAUGUUCUGGACACCCUCGCAGCUUUCCUUCCUUCAAGCUUCUGCCGUUACAUCCAAGAUCGGUCAGGAGGAGGCCGAUAAGAUGAUCGCAUCCAAGAUCCUCCCUGUCAUCCGCUCCCACCCCCAGAUAUUCUUCCCCUCGUCAGCCACGCCCCUCUCCGAUGACCAACUCAUCCAGCUGGCGCACCGCAUGGGCUCCACCAUCAUGUCAUAUGCCUUUGAUCUUGAGCAGGACAUGGAGAUCCCCGAGCAGCUGGAGAACGACGACGAAUGGGAGGAGGACCGCGAAGGGAAAACCAUGCUGGGGAUGGUGCCCAUGGCAGACAUUUUGAACGCCGAUGCCGAGUUCAAUGCGCACAUCAACCACGCCGAAGAUGCCCUGACUGCCGUCUCACUCCGCCCCAUCAGAAAGGGGGAGGAGAUUCUCAACUUUUACGGCCCGCUAUCGAGUGCCGAGCUGCUCCGACGGUAUGGAUACGUCACGGAGAAGCAUGCCAGGUGGGAUGUGGUCGAGUUGUCUUGGAGUCUCAUUUCGUCUGCGCUGCAGUCCAAGCUCCAAGCCCAGCCAGAGGUCUGGGAAAAGGUAUGCGCGUUGGUGCAGCAGGACGAGGAGUUUGAGGAGGCAUUCGUUCUGGAACGUCAGAGUCCGGAUCCUUCGUCCACAGGGUUGUUGGAAGAGCCGGCCGAGUUUACUUCUCUCCCGGACGAGCUCGGUGAGCAGUUCAAGCUUUGUCUAAAGGCCUGCAAAAAAAUAACAGACAGCAAAAACGAUAUGGCCCUUCGCGCACUGAACGACAAGGACUGGAGAAAGAGGUUAUACCUAGAAACCAUAUUGGAGGCUGUGACGCAGAGAGAAAGGGAAUACGGUACCACACUAGAGCAGGAUGAUCAGUUCCUCAGUGCUAAUCCGUCCGACCAACGAGAAAAGAUGGCUGUGCGGGUGCGCCGGGGGGAAAAGCUUGUUCUAAGAGAAGCACGAGAGUGGAUCAACACGCAGCUCGAGGAGCUGAGAAACAGACCCGUGGAUCAGCCACAAGACGAAGGGAGGGCGGCGAAGAGGAGGAGAAUAUAA